AUGGCGGAAAUGGCCGACGUGGGCUCUGUCGAUGGCAGGCCCUGCAAAAGAUGCAAGGAGAGACCAGCUGUCCAAGAAAUUCGGACUGAUGCUGUUUGUGGACCAUGUUAUUGCUCCUUCAUCCAAGUCAAGGCAGCCAAGCGGCUCGAGGUCCUGACCCGCGAGAGCAGGGCCAGCGGCGCCACCAAGCGGGGCAAGGCCGACUACACAGUCGGCUUGUCGUUCGGCCCCUCGUCCGCGGCCAUGGUGCAGCUUCUUGACGUGUUUGAAGGGAGGCGCGCCGAGAAGAACCAGCGCCCGCCCACUACAAAGUACACGCCGAUAACGACAAAGAUCCAUGUGGUCCACGUCGACACGGACCUGCCAGCAGCAGGCGCCGCCCUGCCACCCUCGGACCUGCUCCAACGCUGGGCAGAGAGGUAUCCAAGGUUUGUGUUCCGCAGCGUGCCCCUGACCGCCGCGAUCGGGCUGAGCAGCAUCGACUGGGCUGCGCUGCCGACCCUCAAGGAAGGGUGUCGCCCCGAGGAGCAGCUGAGGCACCUGUUCGAUAACCUCCCGUCGGCGACGUCGGCCGCGGACCUUACGCGGCUCUUUGUGCGGCACGUCCUCAUGGCUGAGGCGGUAAGGGAGGCGUGCUGCGCCCUGCUGCUCGGCAACAGCACCACAUCUCUGGCGGCGCUGACGCUCUCCGAGACGGCCAAGGGCAGGGCCUUCUCCCUCCCUUGGCUGAUCAAUGACGGGGCGCAUUCCAUAACCGACUACUCGGUCGGGCCAGAAAGAGCAGAGGAAACAGGCUCGCACAAGAUGUUGGUGUACUUUCUGGUCCGAGAGCUCUACCGCAAUGAGCUUACUACGUACACCGAGCUGGCGGGCAUGGACACGAGUCUCAUCAUCGAGGACACAUCCGCUGCCAAUCCCAUCAUCUCGCAUAAACAUCAGACCAUCGACGACGUUAUGACGCGCUAUUUUCGAGAGGUGGAAGAAAAUUUCCCAUCGGUCGUAGCGAAUGUCGUUCGGACGACGGCAAAGCUAUCGAGAGACGAACCAAGUGAGAGAUGUGGUCUCUGCGGCGUGGCCAUAGACGCCACAGGUAACGAAAGAUGGGCAGGGGAGAUGGGUGAUACUACCGACGGGGAGGCUGAAGCACAGGGAAGCAGCAAGCUAUGCCACGGUUGCCAGAGAUCUGUCAAUGGGUAG